UCAUCAGACAGACUUACUGUAUGUGUAUAUAUAAACAAAGUAGGCAAAGCAAAAGACAGCAAUUAAACCAACCACCUUAAAUUUCCUUCAAUCAUUAAAGAAUCAUAUUCUCUUUUCCUCAGUGUCUGUCUCCAAUUCAAUUUCAACUUUAACAAGCAUGGAGAAUAUUGGUGAAGAGUACAAACAUUACUGGGAGACCAACAUGUUCCUCCAAACCCAAGAGCUUGAUAGUGGCAGCUGGGGAUUGGAUGAAGCACUUUCAGGGUACUAUGACUCAAGCUCCCCUGAUGGUGCAGCUUCAUCAACAGCUUCAUCUAAGAAUAUUGUUUCUGAAAGGAAUAGAAGAAAUAAACUCAACCAAAGACUCUUUGCACUUAGAGCAGUAGUCCCCAACAUUAGCAAGAUGGAUAAGGCUUCAAUAAUUAAGGAUGCAAUUGAGUACAUACAACACUUGCAAGAACAAAAAAAGAUUCUUGAAGCUGACAUAAUGGAACUUCAAUCUGGGAUGCCAAAUAAUAUUAAUCCAAGUUAUGAGUUUGAUCAAGAGCUUCCUGUGUUGCUAAGGUCCAAGAAGAAGAGAACAGAUCAAUUUUAUGAUUCUGUCAGUUCAACAAACUCUCCAAUUGAAAUCCAUGAGCUUAGGGUUACAUACAUGGGAGAAAAUACAAUUGUUGUAAGCUUGACAUGCAGCAAAAGGACUGACACUAUGGUUAAACUGUGUGAAUUGUUCGAAUCUUUGAACCAUAAAAUUAUCACUGCCAAUAUCACCUGUUUUUCAGGCACACUUUUGAAGACGGUCUUCAUUCAGGCCAAUGAAGAAGAUAAAGAUCUAUUGCAGAUACAGAUCCAAACAGCCAUUGAAGCUCUUAAUGAUCCUCCAAGUCCUAUGAGCAUCUAUUGAAGUGGAU